AUGUCGCUGGAGGAUCCAGAGUCAACAGAGUCUCUGUUGGAUUUGGGGCGAUCGACAGCAAAGUACUACUGGGAAGCGUCGCUGGGCCGCCUGGGGAGUCUGGCUAGGAGAUAUUCGCUGCCGGGCUACUACGACACCAGCAUGAUGGCGCAACCAUCACCAUCGUCCCCGUCGCCCUUUCUCGAGCUGCCGCCCGAGAUUCGCGAGCACAUUUACCGCAUCAUUCUCCAUCCCGACGCCAACCGCCUGCACCACCCCGACGAGUAUACCGACUACAGCUACCGCGACGCCUUGGCCCUCUUCCGCCUGAACCGCCAAAUCUGGUACGAGGCCCGCAAGGUCUUUCGCGACCUCAACGUCUUUGUGCGCAUCGAGACGCCCUUUCCCAAUGCCCGCGAGUACGUCGCCUUUGAGGGCCACGUGCCCAUCCUCAUGCAGGGCGAGCGCGCCGCCCGCUUCCGCGACUGGAGCCUGAGCGCCAGCAUUGGUGCGCCGCAGACGCCGAUUGCCGAGUCCGACCCCCACCACAUUGUCAUAUUGCUCGACGACCUCGAAAAGUUUGCCCAGAUCUGGCUCUACUCGGACCUGUCCAACCCGGGCCUCAACCGCUUCCUCAGCCUCAAGCUGCGCCUCCGCGACCCCUACACCCCCGAGUGGGAGGACCGCCGCAUGCCAAAGUCGCUCCAGCGCCGGCUCAUCGCGCCCUUUGGCACCGUCAAGAACCUGCGCCAGGUCCAGAUCACGGGCGACCCUACCCCCCUGGCCUCGAUCGAGGCCGACAUGCGCGCCGAGAUGGCCAAGCCGUACCCGAGUCCCGAGCAGUGCCUCGUCGAGACGACGCGGCUCAAGGACGCCGGCAACACGGAGCUCAAGGCCGGCCGGUACCAGGCCGCCCUCGACCUGUACACGCAGGCCUGGGCCGCCAUGUUCAUCGUGGUCAAGGGCCGCGCCCGCCACGUGCACGGCGAGGCCUACUUUGCGCGCGAGCUGCGCGAGGAGCCCUACGUCGGGCGGUCGGGCCAGCUCGAGCGCCUGGCCCUGCGCAUCCAGCUCGUCGCCAGCACCUGUCUGGCCUACCUCAAGCUGGGCGACUGGGAAGAGGUCAUCUUUUGGGGCAUGAGAACGAUUCACAUGUUUCAGCAAAUGUCGGGCGCCGACGAGCGCGAGGUGGAGCCGCAACAAGAGCUCGUCCCCGACAACUUUCCUGGCCGCCUCCAGAUCGGCCGCAUCUACUACCGCACCGCCAUGGCCUACAAGAACUGCAAGGACCGCGACCAGGCCAAGAAGCUGCUCCGGGUCGCCCAGGCCUAUAUGCCCAACGACGUCGUUAUUCGAGAGGAGCUAGCUUCCUAUACGUUGAAGCUUGGCUAA